AUGAAUAUUUGUAGUUGUAAAGAUAAACUUCCAAGAAGUGGUAAAAAUUGUCGUAAAACUUUAAAAUUGGCACAAGAUAUUUUGGUUCUUUAUGGCAACAUUUCUCAUGAACUCCAUGGAUUCGGUGAAAUUGCAUUAUUUUGGUUCUUUAUGGCAACAUUUCUCAUGAACUCCAUGGAAUCGGUGAAAUUGCAUUGUUCAUAUGAACUCUACAAAGGUUGGUAUUUCAGUAAAGUUGGCACUUGCAGACCUCAGAAAUUUCGCACAACUUUCGAGGAUAAAAAUGUCAGUUUAGUGAACAAUUUAUAUGAAUCAUUUGAUAUUGUUCAGUUCUAUGGUGAAAAGCAGUCGUGUCCAUAUUUUCCAGUGAAUUUAGGAUCACAUUUUCCAAAGUUACAAACUCUUCUUAUCCGGAAUUCAAAUCUACAAUUUCUCUUCAGCAAUGAUCUUGAUGGAUUGAAUAACUUGAUGAGUUUUGAUGUUUCGUACAAUCCAAUCGAAUAUUUAGGAGCAAAUUUAUUUAAAGGAAAGACAAAACUUAAAGAUAUUUGGUGUCAAGGAUGUCAUUUGAGAUUCAUCGAUCAUAAUUUCUUCGAUACACUUCCAGAUUUUAAAACGCCAUAUAGAGAUGAAAAAAUAUCAGAAAUGUUUAAAUUAAAUGUUACUAAAUUAUGUAAUAAAGAAAAUAUAUUUUAUGACGAAAGGAUCUUCGAUCGAAAUCUACCAGAAAACUUGACAAAAGCUUCGACAACUACUGAGAUUUCUUUGCCCACUGAGACUACUGAAAGCAUUGGAACUGAAAAGCUUGCAACAUCAUCAACUCCUUGUGCAUUUGAAGGCACAACAGAGAAAAUUGUGUCUGAAAAUCCAAUUGUAGAUUGCAUGGAGCAUAAGUCAUCGCACAUUGACGUGUAUGUUGAAUUGAUCACUUUAUUUUCAAUUUUAAUGUUCACGAUCGUCAAUGUCAUAAUAUUGAAGAACAUUGUAAGAAAAUUAAGUGCAAACAGAACUCGUUCAAACAACACAAAUGGAAUGGAGAAUGCUAUUGAGUUAAGAACAAUAAGUCAAUAA